AUCUUUGUUCCGCAGCCCAUCACUAGCUUGGCAGUCUUCGAAAGCUGACCUGCAAGUUGUUGAACGUCCCUUUCGAGCCUAGCAGUCUUCUUUCACAUCUUUGAGAAGGGCAGACAGCGAAUUGGUUCCUUCAAGGCCUCAUUAACAUUUCAGCUCCACGAGGAGACUAAUCAACUCUUUGACAGUUGACAGUUGUUCUGAUAGACUUUGCAAAGCGAGAAGGUCCCGCGGAGAAAUGUGACGUAAAUACAUCCGGCAUUUUCAUCUCGGAUUCUCACAUCGGCUGGUUACUCCUUGAGCCUUCCGCGGCCCGCGACACGCGUUUGCUGCCUGGCUGCAUGUCGCGUGGGCUCGAGCGCUGGCCUCGCAUUCGUCUUUACUUUCCCCUCCUUCACUUUGAUCUGGCAUGGUCGCGCAUGCUGGGCUUUCAUAUGGUGCUCUCUUAAUCGGCGUCACCGUCAACGCCGCCCUUUAUGGCGUCUCGGCUGUUCAGGUGUUCACCUACUUCAACGCGUACAAAAGUCAUGACGACAGCAAAUGGAUAGCAUUGGUCGUUCUAGUGAUCCUGUCCUUGGAUACUUUCAGUACAAUAUGCGAGUCGCUGUACGCGUACAAUGCUCUCGUCUCCGACUUUGGGCAACCUUCCGAACUUCUGCAGUCCAAUUGGGAAUUCUUCAUCUUGCCGGCGAUUACCGCCAUCACUUCGACCCUAGUUCAAGGCUUCCUUGCAUGGCGUAUACAGGUCCUGACCAGAAAUCGCUGGGUAGUUGGGCUCAUUGGUGUCGUGGCAUUCGUGUCUUUGCUUGGCGGGAUAGGAUCAACCAUCGCAACGGACCGCGUCCGAACGUUCUUCUAUUUCCGCCAGUUCGAGCCUGUCGUUGUAGUGUGGCUGGGCUCUGCGGUGCUAGGGAAUCUCCUCAUUACAUUCGUAAUGAUCAAGGCUCUCCGGGCACACAAGACUGGCUUCGCUGAUACCGACACCGUCAUAAGGAAGGUCACUGUCUUGGUCGCCAAUACGGGGCUGAUUACAGCUGCCUGGACGCUGGUGGACCUAGUGUUGUAUGUAGUAUAUGCGAACGGCACUCAUUUCGCGAUCAACUUGAGCUUGGGGAGACUUUACAGCAACUCCCUCAUGCUCACGCUUAACGCGCGGAAGAAACCGGCUCAGGAUGGCAAUUUCGCAGUUAUACAGUUCUCCGCGCGCGGGAAGGCUUAAUGAGACUGUCAUCCCAUGUUGAGAGUAUUGCCGAGGAUUUAGAAUUUGACUUUGUCAAAACCCAAGAUAGAUUAUCUAUUAUUAGCACUUAUAGUACCAAACCGCUCGUUACUUUGCCAGAAGAAUAGCAUACUGCCAUUACAAGGAC